GCCCCUGCAAAAACGAUGAAAGCGAGAUGUUUCUGCUUUGGUUGUGAUAAGUUUGAACCCAAAAAACUACAAGCGUACACAACUUCCGCCUCUAGUAGACAGACCAGCCAUUGGUCAAUAUCUUAAUUAUUCAGCAAGUUCUUCCUCGAUUGGCUGAUCAUCUGCACGUUACACAAGCUGUUUCGUAAAUUCUAUACGGAGAAGUUGUGUAAGGUGGAGGAUAUUUGUCGGAUGCAGUAAAAAUCCUCAUCCACAACGACAGUGCAGCGAAAUCAGAUCCUUUGCAUCUGCAUGCUGUGGUCACGUUUGUGAGGUUGCCGAUAAUGGUGAUGUGGGCUCCAAGUCGACUGCUCCUCCUGUUUGGUUUCUGGCUCCGGGCUCAAGCCCAGAGCUCAGAGCCGAUGUUCAGGGUUGUAACGCAGACACUGCUUCCUGCAGACAGUCUGCACAACCCGACACAGCUCAACUAUGGAAUGGCCGUGACAGACGUGGAUGGUGACGGUGACCUUGAGGUGGUGGUGGCAGGGUACGAUGGGCCCAACCUGGUGCUAAAGUAUAAUCACACUCAGAAGAGGCUGGUAAACAUUGCUAUUGAUGACAGUAACUCUCCAUACUACGCCCUGAGGGACCGAGCAGGCAACGCUAUCGGAGUUACAGCGUGUGAUGUGGAUGGAGACGGACGUGAGGAGAUCUACUUCCUCAACACAAACAACGCCUACUCAGGACGCGCCACUUAUUCAGACAAGCUCUUUAAGUUUCGGAACGGACGUUUUGAGGAUCUUCUGAGCGAUGAGCUCAAUGUUCGCCGUGGGGUUGCCAAUCACAUGGCAGGGCGUUCUGUGGCCUGUGUUGACAGAAAGGGAACAGGUCGUUACUCCGUGUACGUGGCCAAUUAUGCCAGCGGCAACAUCGGCCCCCACGCUCUCUUAGAAAUGGACCAGGCUGCCAGCGAUGUGAGCCGGGGCAUCGUCGCUCUGUCAGACGUGGCUGCGGAGGCGGGAGUCAACAAGCUCACAGGUGGCCGCGGCGUGGUGGUUGGUCCAAUCCUUAGCCCGGCCAGGUCUGACAUCUUCUGUGACAAUGAGAAUGGACCCAACUUCUUGUUCAAGAAUAAUGGAGAUGGGACCUUUGUGGACAUGGCCAGACCAGCAGGCGUGGAGGACAGACGCCAGCAUGGCAGAGGAGUAGCCCUCGCUGACUUCAAUGGCGAUGGAAAGACGGACAUCGUCUAUGGCAACUGGAACGGCCCACACAGGCUUUUCCUGCAGGACAGUGACUCUAAAUUCCGGAACAUUGCGACUCAGGGAUUUGCCACCUUCUCCCCCGUUCGCACAGUCAUCGUCGCUGACUUUGAUAAUGACAGGGAGUUGGAGGUGUUUUUUAACAACAUUGCAUACAGAGGAAAUGCCCCAAACAGACUGUUCAGGGUGUCAAGGAGAACUGCUGCAGACCCGUCGAUUCAGGAGCUUAAUGUGGGAGAUGCUGCAGAGCCACAGGGGAGAGGAACAGGUGGCACUGUGACCGACUUUGAUGGGGAUGGACAGCUGGACCUGCUGCUGGCACAUGGAGAGAGCUCCAAGCAGCCAAUCUCCGUCUUCAAGGUCACACAGGGCUCGACCAAUAACUGGCUGCGGGUCAUACCUCGCACCCAGUUUGGCUCUUUUGCCCGCGGUGCCAAGGUGACAGUCUUCACCAAUCAGAGUGGAGCUCUGACACACAUCAUUGACGGAGGCUCCGGGUACCUGUGUGAGAUGGAGCCCGUCGCCCACUUUGGUUUAGGAAACGAUGAGGUGAAGGUGCUGGAGGUCUCCUGGCCAGAUGGCAGCUCCAUGACUCGGACUGUGGAGCCUGGUGAAAUGAACACUGUUGUGGAAGUAGCCUAUCCCAGCGAAGCAGAAACGAAUGUACUGGCCAAUGACACACAGUGUGGUCAAGGAUUUACAGUAAAGAAUGGCCACUGUGCAGCCAUGGCUCUGUUUUACAAUGCGGCCCGCUCCACUUCUGCCUCCAUGUUUGAAGCCUCCUGUGCCACAGCAGUUUUACUGCACUGGGUCUUGGUACUCUCUGUACUGGGAAUUGUCAGGGGUCAGUAGUCCGACAACAACAACAACAACAACGUCUUUUUAUCCAGCACAACAAUUUGAGAGAAAACCCUAAUCUUCAGUAGUCAUGAACACAAACUAGGCGCCUUUCAAGGAUCUCAAGGCUUACUAAGUAUAUGCAUCAGACCUGGCAAGCUGCUUACCAGAAUCUGCGAUGAUGCCUCAGGCAUUGUCUCCUUCAGUAAUCCUCGGGUCUGAGCUGCCUUCAAUAAAAUCAAUCUUCUGCUGCUUUAUUCUCCACAUGAGGGUUGUGGAGGUGGUGCUAUGUCAAUCUCAGCUGAAAGGCUCUUCAAUAAAAUCUUUCAACUUAA